AUGAGACCAUCACGAGUUGCUCAUCUUCUCCGAUGGGCGCCCAGGGCGGCUGCAUCUGGUGAGAGGAGUUAUGGUGCCGGGGCUGUGGCAGCUGCCGGCGCGCUCGGAUUUGGCAUCGGCUUGUCCCUGACCUUUGCAGAUUCCAGGCUGCGGGAGCGGGCAUUGCCUGGCUCUGGCUUCCGCACGUGUUGCGACCAGGCUUUAACCCCUGCUCAGCGGUCUUUGGCCCAGAAACUCCGCGACAUUGUUGGUCAGAGCAACGUUGUGGAAAAUUCAGAGGAGACGGGGACUAUGGUGGGGAGAGGCCUUGCUUUGGCAGUCGUCAGACCUGGGACUCUCGAUGAAGCAGUCCAGGUUCUCCGUGCUUGCGUUGCAGCAGACACUGCUAUCACCCCUCAAGGGGCAAAGACUGGAUUGACGGGAGGGUCCGUACCCCGUGACUCUGGAUGUGAUAGGCCAUUCGUGGUCAUUAACAUGAGACGACUGCAUAAGAUCCUCCCGAUCGGUGCUGGAGAGCACGUGCUGUGCUUUGCUGGUGCUGGAAUCUUUAGCCUUCAGGAAGCACUGAAGCCGUUGAAUCGCGACUCCCACUCGGUGCUGGGCUCCAUCUUCCUGAACCCUUCGGUAGCAGCUGGCAUCGCCUUCGGCAGUGGCGGUACGCAGGUCCACAAGGGGCCAGCCUACACAGAUCGGGCACUGUACUGCCGUGUCACGAAACAGGGUGAGGUGGAGGUGAUCAACACGCUAGGUCUGAAGACUCCGCCGGGACAGGACAUCGUGCCGUUCCUAGACAGUGCUGGAGAGCUUGCAGAGGCUGACGUUGACCCAACAUGUCAAUUAGCAGCCUCGUGGCCGAACUACCCAGUCCACGUCACCACCUUCGAUGAGAGAGCCUCGAGGUAUUGCUCAGACCUGGCGGGUGAAGAUUGCAAUCGAUCCGAGGGCAAAGUACUCAUUCUUGCGACAGUUCAUGACACUUUCCCACUGCCUCGUCAAAGCAAGUUCGUUUGGAUUUCCUGCAAAGACUUCGCGACUGCUAACCUGCUCAAAAGGAAAGUGGCCCUCAGUUCCCCAGAUUGCUUGCCGAAGCAGUUCGAAUAUAUGGGGCGUGCCCAGUUCGACUGUUGCGAUCGCGGCGGACGUGUCUUAAUCAAGCUCAUCGAGCUUCUUGGGAUGAUGAACUUAUCAGGCUUGUGGAACUUCAAGCUGAAAUUCGAGGCAUUGCCGAUUCCCUUUGUCAACAUUGUGGCAGACAAGGUCCUUUGGUACCUUAAUCCGCUCUUUCCCGAGUCCUUGCCGACGCAGCUGAUGCAGCAGGGGCGAGACUAUGACCAUCAUGUCAUCAUGGAAAUGACAGAGUUUGGCGGUGGUGAGCUGAAGCGCCUGGAGGCACUGCUGGACAGCUUCCUCGACACACUGCCUGAAGGCCAGGCCAAGAGCUAUGUUUGCCGCGAUGCUUUUGAGUCGUCGCGGGUCAUGCUGUUCCGCUUCGCGGUUCAGCCAUCCAUUCGAACCAUGGCAGUUGGCACCGGUCGACAAGGUCUGAUCAUCGACUAUGCGAUGCCCAAGAACUUCGACAAGAUCCUGGAAUUGCCAGAAGAUUGGGGGAUAGAAAUGCGCUGCCUUUGCUCUCAUUUCGGAUGUAAUGUAUUCCACGAGAGCCUGGUUCUGCGGAAUGACGUGGAUGCAGAGGCAGUGAAACAGAAGAUCAAAAAGUUUAUUGACAGUAGCGGUGGCAAGCUCCCAGCAGAACAUGGACAUGGCACUGAGUAUGCCGCGCCGCAAGACACUCAAGAGAGAUGGUGUAAGAUUGAUCCCACAAACUGCAUGAAUCCAGGGGUGGGUCAAACCUCACGCUUGCGCAAUUAUGCGUGA